AUGGCGUCUCGGCCGAUCGUUCUGAGAUUUGAGGGCCGGAACGGCCAGUUCCGGUUGACAGUCAGCCCACAAGAACUAUUUCCCUCGCUCAAGCAGAAGAUAUUGGAGCACCUCCCUCCAGACACUGAACCCUCUUCAAUAAACCUUUCGAACAAGCCCAUAGGUACUGGGGGUGAUGAGAGACUUUUGGAUACUCUCGAUGGUAUUGCGCUUGGGACAGUCGGUCUAAAACACGGAGACAAGCUGUACCUUGGCUAUCAAGAAAAGCAAAGCUUGCAAGAUGGCUCUGCAAAUGGUCAUAUUACGAAUGUGUCCUCUCGGCGUCUGAAUGGAGCCCCUGUCCCGCAAACCGAAACCGUUUCGCUUCGCCCCCAGCCUACCUCACCGACCGCUGUAAUCAAAAACCCUUGGGAUGUGGUCCAACAGUCGCCUCUCGAUGAUGCGUUAGAUAAAAAGGAUGGGAAAAUAAAGCGCAACCGUGACAUGAAAAUGUGCAAGCAUGGACCCAAGGGCAUGUGCGACUACUGCAUGCCACUAGAGCCUUAUGACCCCAAGUACCUUGCGGAGAAGAAGAUUAAGCACUUGUCAUUUCACUCAUAUUUGCGGAAACUCAAUGCUGCGACCAACAAAGCCGAGCUCAAGAGCUCUUUCAUGCCCCCACUCAGUGAACCAUACUACCGAGUAAGACGGGAUUGCCCGUCUGGACAUCCUUCGUGGCCUGAGGGAAUCUGUACCAAGUGCCAACCAAGUGCGAUUAGCUUGCAGCCUCAAGAGUUUCGUACGGUAGACCAUGUGGAGUUCUCUUCUCCUGAUCUUAUUAACUCGUUGCUCGAUUUCUGGCGUAAGUCCGGUGCUCAACGGCUGGGAUUUCUGUACGGCACAUACGAAGAGUACACCGAGGUUCCUCUGGGAGUCAAGGCUGUGGUCCAGGCGAUCUACGAGCCGCCACAGGUGGAUGAGAUUGAUGGCGUUACGCUUCACGAAUGGCAUAAUGAGAAGGAGGUCGAUGAGGUCGCACGCUUGUGUGGCCUUGAGAAAGUCGGUGUCAUCUUUACUGAUUUGCUUGAUGCUGGACAAGGGGACGGCUCGGUCAUCUGCAAGCGGCACAUUGAUUCUUACUUCCUUUCGUCCCUGGAGAUUACAUUCGCAGCGCGGUUACAAGCCCAAUACCCAAAAGCAACCAAGUGGAGCCGGACUGGUCGAUUCGGUUCCAAUUUUGUCACUUGUGUUCUCAGUGGAGAUGAGGAGGGUGCUAUCUCGGUAAGCGCCUACCAGGCGUCGGUUGCGGCAGUUGAGAUGGUCAGGGCAGAUAUAGUUGAACCGUCUGCGGAGCCCUCGGUCAUGCUGGUACAGUCCGAAGAGGAUGACUCUGAGAACAAGUCGCGGUAUAUACCCGAAGUCUUCUACCGAAAGAUUAAUGAGUAUGGUGUUAGCGCUCAGCAAAACGCAAAACCAGCAUUCCCUGUUGAGUAUCUCUUGGUCACUUUAACCCAUGGAUUCCCUACGGAAUCCUCUCCGCUUUUUGUUGAAGGUAACUUUCCAAUUGAGAACCGUGAAGUCAUCGGCGAAAGCCAGGAGCUUCGUCACGUCGCCAAAAAGCUCGUUUCCCACGGCGACCCUGACAAGGCGAUUCGCGCCGUAUCCGACUUCCAUCUUCUGUGCUUCCUCCACUCUUUGUCCACAUUCAGCAAGGACGAGGAGGCACUCCUCGGCCGCGUUGCGACAAAACAUGAUCCCGCAGAUGGAGUUCAGUUAAUAAGCACCCCCGGGUGGGCGACGUUGGUCACAAUUCUUCAGGAAAGUGGUGAGCGCCCCCCUAAGCGCCCCUGGCUGAGUUCGGCCGAUUCUCCUCGCGCAGUGCCCCAAGCCGGAAAACGUUUUUUCCCCUCAAGGCCUGAAUCUCCAAAAUCAGAAAGUGAACAGCUUGCUAAGAGGUUCAAGGGAGCUAGUCUAGAGUGA